AUGGCAACGAACGAAGAACUCCAAGCAGCGAUUCUGCAGAUGACCCGGCUACUCCAGCGGUUGGCCGUUCCUCAAGCAACCAACCCCGAGCAGGUACUGGAGUCACUGUCGACCAACAUCAGCGAGUUCAGUUUCGAUCCGGAAAACGGCACUACUUUUGAAAAAUGGUUUGCCCGUUACGCGGAUCUGUUCGAGAGCGACGCGCGAAGUCUGGACGAUGCAGCCAAAGUUCGGCUUCUGCUCCGGAAGUUGGACACGGCCUCCCACAGUCGCUACGUCAACUAUAUCCUUCCGAAGCUACCGAGGGACGUUUCGUUCGCCGACACCGUCAAGACGUUGACGAAAAUCUUCGGUAAGCAAACCUCCGUCUUCAACAAGCGAUACCAGUGCUUGCAGCUGGUCAAAUCCGAGACGGACGACAUCAUCAGCUAUGGUGGUAAAGUCAACAGGGCGUGUGAAGAGUUCGAGUUUCAAGACCUGAAGAUCGACCAAUUCAAGUGCUUGAUUUUCGUGUGCGGACUCAAGGCACCACGCUACGCGGACAUCCGAGCAAGGCUACUUUCCCGCAUCGAAGCGUUUCGGACGGAGAAGAAACCUGGAAAUCGUCCACCGAGAACGGAAAGCAAGUCAAGCCCUCGUACUCUUUGUUGGCAGUGUGGUCAAAUGCACUACGUGCGUGACUGCUCAUUCUCGGACCACCUGUGCAAGGUAUGUAAUCGCGUCGGCCACAAGGAAGGCUACUGUGGCUGCGUGAAAAAGUCUUUAAGCGACUCUUCAACUCCACCCCAUGAGAAGAAGCAGUACCAGAAGAAGAAGAAGCCCGGUUCCAGAUCUCAAGCCAAAGGAAUUUUCGUGAAUCACAUCGCAAACACCACCCGGCGGCGCAAGUACGUGACCAUCACCAUCAACAACGUCACUAUUCCGCUACAGCUGGAUUCCGCAAGCGAUAUCACCGUCAUUUCCAAGGCAACGUGGCAACAUCUGGGACGACCGAAGCUGACUCCGUCAUCGAUUGAAGCAUCCAACGCAUCCGGUGGACAACUCGCUCUCAUCGGCGAAUUCAAUUGUGAAGUCACCCUCAACGGCAUGGUCAAGCGUGGCCAGUGUUUCGUGACGUCAUCACCGGACCUCAACGUUCUGGGCAUCGAUUGGAUCGAGACAUUCAACCUGUGGUCAGUUCCUUUCGACUCGCUCUGCGGUCAAGUUGCAGCAGCGCCCGGACCAUGUUUCGACGAAGUCACAGCUCAGCUUCAAGCCGACCAUCAGGCGGUUUUCGACAGCUCGUUGGGCCACUGCAAGAAAACAAAGGUAAAGUUAUUUCUAAAGCCUAAUGCCAAACCCGUUUUCUGUUCGAAGCGACCGGUCCCGUUCAACACGGUUCCACUGGUGGAUGCAGAGCUAACCCGUCUGCAAACUUUGGGAAUCAUCACGCCGAUCGAUUUCUCGGAGUGGGCCGCACCGAUCGUGGCAGUACGGAAGCCGAACGGUAAAGUUCGCAUCUGUGCGGACUAUUCCACGGGACUCAACGAAGCGCUGGAGAGCAACCACUAUCCUCUGCCCACCCCGGAGGAAAUCUUUGCCCAACUCAACGGCAGUGUGGUGUUCAGCGUCAUCGACCUCUCCGACGCGUAUCUCCAGGUGGAAGUCGACGAAGAAUCGAGGAAACUUCUCACCAUCAAUACGCACCGAGGUCUGUUCCAGUUCAACCGCCUAGCUCCUGGUGUGAAGUCAGCACCUGGAGCGUUUCAACGACUGGUCGACGGCAUGAUCGCUGACAUCCCUGGUGUUCGAACGUUUCUCGAUGAUGCCAUCAUAUUCGGACCAACUUGGGAAGCACACAAGGCGUCUCUGGACAUGCUACUGCAACGUCUGGAGGAAUAUGGAUUCCACGUCAAGCUGGAGAAAUGCCGGUUUUUCCAAACCGAACUAGGCUACUUGGGGCACAUCGUGGACUGCAACGGCAUUCGCCCGGAUCCGGAGAAGCUCCAAGCCAUCGCCUCCAUUCCGGCACCAACCAACGUUUCCGAACUGCGAUCAUUCCUGAGAGCCGUUAACUUCUACGGCCGAUUUGUUCGCAACAUGCAUGAGAUUCGUCAUCCUCUCGACAAGCUUCUCAAGAAGGAUGCGAAGUGGCAGUGGAAUUCCGAUUGCCAACGGUCUUUCGAGCGAUUCAAGCAGAUUUUGCAGUCCGAUAUGCUGCUGACGCAUUAUGAUCCGAAGCUCCCAAUCAUCGUAGCAGCGGACGCUUCAAGCACGGGCAUCGGCGCAGUAAUCUUUCACGAAUUCCCCAACGGACAUCUGAAGGCAAUCCAGCACGCAUCAAGAUCCCUCACUCCGGCGGAACAAGGUUACGGGCAGCCGGAAAAAGAAGCUCUGGCACUCACUUACGGCGUAACGAAGUUCCACAACCACUGUUAUCCAUCUUUGGUUUGA